CUGCAGACUCCGGUAUAUUAUUCAGGUGCAGAGCCGGAGUUGGGUAGAGCUGAUCUGGAACCGGCCUGAGUGAUGGGACUGUGUAAGUUCACAUGUGCGAUCAUUACCAGGGGCUUGUUCGUCCUCGUCUCCCUGGCCGGAGUAUGGAGGGUGACAUCGGUGAAGGAAGAUCCAAACUACUGGCUCCUGACUUUCCUCUUUCUGCCGCUCGUCCUGGAAAUGAUCAUCACCCUGAAGAGGCGGAGGGGAGAAGACUACAAAUGGUUCUCUCCUCCGAUCUUUAUGUUCCUCAUCAGUAUCAUUCCAUCCAUCUGGCUCCUGGAGCUCCACCACCAACAGCACAAUGCCAGCGAGACUCAGUGCAAAAACGUUGACUCUGACGGCGUGCGCAACGCACUCAGAAACUCCUCACACCUGGACUACAUGAAGCGUAUAAACGAGACGUUGUCAUCUUUCUGCUCCAACGUAUGGACCCUGGCUCUCCAUCAGAUCCUGCUCAUCCUCCUCAUCGUGGGGAAGUGGUUGCUCCCCCUGGGGGGCGGAGUUACCCGCGACGAACUCUCGCAGCUUCUCCUGAUCUUCAUCGGCACGGCGGCGGACAUCCUUGAAUUUACGAGUGAGACGGUCUCGGACAUCAAAGAGACUAGUUCUCAGAUGGUCUACAUUAUUUUAGGUGUAUGGACUUGGAGCAUGUUGCAGUUCCCCUUACAUUUGGCCGUGGUGGCCUCUAAGCCAGACAGCGACAAUGAGCAGGGCGUCCAGGAGACUUCCCUCUUGGCCAAACACAGCAGAGACGUGUGGAGCAUCGUGGAGGCCUUGUUCAUCCAGGACGGGCCCUUUCUGGUGGUCAGGCUCAUCGUCAUGAUGUACUACAAAGUCUUCCACCAGAUGUUGGGUUUCUUCGCCAUCAAGAACUUCCUGGUGGUCAUACUGAACCUGUACAGGCUGGUUGUGAUAUGCCAGGACUCCAGACCCUCCAGCAGCAGCAGGGACACCGAUCUCCCGUGAGUCUGCAAUGAGAUCAAGGGGAAGACGGGACGGAGACAUGUUACACCUAAAGUUUUGCAGUCACAGUUCACAGGAAAUAAGCGCAGAUGAUGUGAAAAGCUGUGAAUAAUUAACGCUGUUGCGAGCAGAGAACAAUUGUCU